GAAAAAACAGGUACUGGGGGAAACAAAAGAGCUGUACGGAGAAGUAAAUACAGGGGAGUUGAUCCCUGUUCUGUUUCGAGUUUCGAAGUGCACCUUGUUGGUUUCUGCACCUAACAAGACUUUUUCUCUUUCGAACUCAGCACUGUGAUGUGAAUGAAACCCUGAGUUUUUGCUUCUUACUUGCGAGGAAUUUCUAUUCUUUGUAUCAAUGGCAUUUAGGCGUAGCCUUUCCAGGAGAGCAACCCUAAUAGCUAGACGAUAUCAACCGUCAUUUGCCUACAUUGUCCAUGAAGAUGAUCGUAAAAAUCAUCCUUUAAACGAGUCCUACUCUCAGCCAAAACCUAGCAAUUUGUUUCAACAAAUAUCUUUUGGAACUGGGUUUAGUAAUUCAUCAUCAGGCUUUGGUGUGUUGUUUCAAGAUAGAAGAUGUUCCAAAUUAUCUCUCAUUCCUAGCACUGGUGUGUCGUUUUUUCGGUAUAUGUCGACUGAUGGGGCAGAUAAGAUUGAGUUUAUGACUGAUGGGGCAGAUAGGAUUGGGCUUAUGACCGAUAUUUCGGAAGCUCUUAAGGAUAGUUCUUUCGAAGCAGUGGCUUCGCAGGCUCCUGCUGUGAAUGAGGUUGCUGUUGCUGCUGCUGAUUCUGGGUUACCCGUUGCUGCCAUACAGUACGUUAUCGAUGCAGUUCAUUCUUCUACUGGCUUGAACUGGUGGAGUUCCAUAGUUGUGACAACACUUUUGGUUCGAGGUUUAACUCUUCCGUUUUUGAUAAGUCAACUUAAAGCUACUGCAAAAAUGACGUUACUUAGGCCACGAUUGGAGGAAAUCAAGGAGCGCAUGCAAAGAACGGGUAUGGAUCCCCAGGCAGUAGCUGAAGGUCAAAAUGAAAUGCAAAAGCUUUUCAAGGAAUAUGGUGUAACUCCUUUUACUCCACUGAAAGGGUUCUUUAUUCAGAUGCCAAUCUUUAUCAGCUUUUUUUUAGGCAUUUCGAAUAUGGCUGAGAAAAUGCCAUCAUUUAAAUCCGGUGGAGCUUUUUGGUUUAUAGAUCUCAGUACACCAGAUGGUUUAUGCAUCUUUCCAGUUUUGACGGCUCUGACAUUUUGGAUAACAGUGGAGUGCAACAUGCUAGAAGGUACGGAGGGGAAUCCUUCUUCUGGAACUACAAAAAAUGUUGCUAGAGUCUUUGCUGCUCUAUCGGUUCCAUUGACCAUGAAUUUCUCAAAGGCCAUUUUCUGUUAUUGGAUUACAUCAAAUGUAUUUUCCCUCGCCUAUGGACUAGUGCUUAAGGCUCCUGGGGUGAAGGCGGCUUUAGGUGUUCCGCUAAUACCUAAGCCUCCGGCUGGUACCACACCGCGGCCUUCUAUCAAUCUGUAUUCAGCUUUCAAACAACCCGAAAGAACAGCAUCACAUCAGUCUACCUCACCACCUGAUGAACCAACUAAAGCAUCACAUAAAAAAAUAUCGUCGUCUUCAACCAUGGAUCAGAGGAUUAAAAUUUUAGAGAGACAAUUAAAGGGAAGGAAGAAAAACAAGAAGAGGUGAGAAAAGCUUCCUUCCUAAAAUGUUGAAAUGCCAUUAAUUUCCAUAUAUGUAUUAGGAAUUUGCUUCAUAUAAGGCCAUAGAAACAAACUGACACUGAAUUGUUUUAUGAAAUUGAGUAGUUUUAGAAAUUUUCCUGAUCCCCAUAGUGUGGGUGUUUUUGGUUUCUACUGGUAAUGAAUGUAUUCACAACAUUGAGGGGCUUCAAAUACAGUUAACAUUACAAGGAA